GCUUGUAUAAAUAUUUCCUUUACGAACUUAAUUGCAUAUGUAUUCCGCUAUCAGACCGGCGAGAGGCUACAUGUGUUGUGACUUUUAACGUUAAAAGUGUUCACAUUAUAUAAUCAAUAUGGUCAAAGCACGAAAAUACAUCGUGGAAAAGUACUUCGAUGGAAUCCCUAAAAUUUCUGACUACAAGAUAGUGGAAUACGAACUGCCUUCGCUAAGGAAUGGUGAGAUUUUGCUCAAAACCGAAUGGAUCAGCAUCGACCCAUAUAUACGAGCAUACAAUCGGAUGAAUAAGGUACCUUACGAUCAAUUUAGUUUCCAAAUCGGCAUAGUUCAAGAAUCGUUGGACCCAAACUAUCCGAUAGGGACUAGAGUUGUCACGCAUAAAGGCUGGUGUGAUUAUACUAUUGUGAGUGAUAAGAAAGCGCCAGUAAAAGACAUACCCAAUGAUAUUCUUUAUAAAUUACAAGAUUUAAAAGGACUCUCUCCUUCAUUGGGUAUUGGUGCUCUUGGAAUGCCUGGAGCGACGGCAUCUUUGGCGUUCCUUGAAAUUUGCAAGCCUAAAAAAGGUGAAACCGUAGUAGUGACUGGUGCUGCAGGUGCUGUAGGCUCGAUAGUAGGACAGAUCGCUAAAAUCAAAGGCUGCAAAGUAAUAGGCUUUGCUGGCUCUGAUAAUAAAGUGAAUUGGUUGGAGAAGGAACUUGGAUUCGAUAAAGCUUUAAAUUAUAAAACUGUCGAUGUACAAACUGCACUUAAAUCAGCUGCUCCUAACGGUAUAGACUGUUAUUUCGAUAACGUAGGUGGUGAAAUAAGCAGCAUAAUUAUGGCUCAAAUGAAUAAAAAGGGAAGAGUUGCCGUUUGUGGCAGCAUCAGCGCAUAUAACGCAGAUCCGUCACAAAUGCCUAAAGCAACGAUUAUACAACUACCUGUAAUUUUAAAUGAGCUUAAAAUUGAAGGAUUUAUUAUUUGGGAAUGGUUUGAUCGUUGGUUUGAAGCAUUUGACCAAUUAACUGCAUGGAUAAGAAACGGACAGUUGAAAACUCCAGAACAUGUAACAGAUGGUUUCGAUAAUCUGUUCGAAGCAUUUACAGGAAUGAUGUCUGGAGAUAACUUUGGUAAAGCCGUGGUGAAGGUUUAAAUAUAGAAUAAACAAAAUAUUU